GCGCUGUGCCCGUCGGGGCUCUUGCCAGCCGCGCAUUUGAUUGUAUUGACGUUGGAGAUCGGAAGGCUAUACCCCGGCCUGAUUUGGUCGGUAUUAUGCAGGCCUCCCAGACCUACCCCGGAGGCCAAGAAUAUCCUCUGCAAGUCGGAGUGCUCUCGCUUGGUGCCCCGACUAUCAACCAUACGUUUGAGAUCGACGCGGAUAUCGAUAAACCUGACACCAAUGGGACAUUUAUCACGAGCUGGCUAUGGGAGAAAGACAUCAUCGCGUCUUAUUCGUAUGGUCUGCACAGUGGCUCUCCAACGGUCGACAUUCCUGGCAGUCUGAUGCUGGGAGGCUAUGAUAGAAAUCGAGUGCUUGGUGACGUUUCUCCCCAGCCCUUCCUGUCAGAUGGAAGCCUGCCAAUCCAGCUACUGGAUAUUAGGCUUGGUGUUGCCGGAGAUGGAGGCUCACCAUGGAACUUCUCUAGCAAGACCGGGCUCCUUGCAAAGGGCAAUUCCACCCUUGAAACAGGGACUAUUGUUCAAGCAAACACUGCGGAUCCGUAUAUAUACCUCCCUCAGAGCUCGUGUGACUCUAUCGCUGCUGAGUUGCCUCUUUACUACCAGCCAGACUAUGGACGUUAUUUCUGGAACACGUCCGACCCUCAAUACCCCAAGGUUGUUCUUACGCCAAGUUUCAUGUCCUUCACCUUUAGCAAGAACGGCCUGAACAAUGAGAACAUGACCAUCAACGUCCCUUUCGCAUUACUUAGCCUCACCCUUGAGCCUCCACUCAUCGCCAAUCCAAGCAAAUAUUUUCCAUGCAUGGGGACAAACAGCACACAAGCCCUAGGCAGAUCAUUUUUCCAAGCCGCGUUUGUCGGUGUCAACUGGAACCAGGGCACAGGAAACUGGUUCCUCGCCCAAGCUCCUGGCCCUGGAUACUCGGUCACCGUGGACCGGACGAACAUUGAAGCACGCGCCUCCACAAUCACCGCCUCGAGCAGCAGCUGGGAGGCCAGCUGGUCACGGUACUGGACAGACCUCCCGACAGCCUCUGACUCCGCCAAUCCUGAUCCCAAUUCCAGCUCUAAUACUUCCGGAACGGAUCCGAUGGCGGUCUAUCCACACGCGCAAUGGCAGUCAUCUAUACCGGCUCGGCAGUUGCUGCAGUCGUAGUCAUUGUCCUUCUCGUCUGGCUAUUUUUCCGUCCUCGUCGCAGGUCGAUGUCAAAUCCCAAAAAUCAACAGAUUGCCACCAUCGCAUCGCCCUUUUCGGGCCUGGCCUUUGGAGUGAAUCGCCUCGCUAGGCCGACGGAUGUUUACGAGGUAGCUGAUAAGCGAUACUCGAGGCAGCUAGGUCCUUAUGAGAUUUUGGAUAAGCGGGAGAUUCAGCGACGUGGGCCCCAUGAGGCAGGGGUGAGCCGGUUCGCCAAGUCGGCGGAUGUCUAUGAGGUACAGGAUAAGCGGUAUUCGCGGCAGCUGGG